UACUUCUACCAAUCCCACCACCGAAAAACAACGACUUUGCACCCAAUCCCAGCUAGCCAUACCUCUCUAUAUCAUCACUAUAUACUUCUUAUAUAUAUAUAUAUAAAUUCUGAGUAUACAUCAAGCCUCUGCUCCUCCUGAUCAUGAUAUAUAUCAUUAAACAUAUAUAAUCUUCUCUGAUCAGUAAUAAUAGUAAUAAAGAAUGAAGAAGAUCAACCUGUUGUUAAGAAAGUGCAAGAGCUUGUCGAGGCAACUAGGGAGAUCUUCCUCUUACAGUAAUCUCAGGUCAAAUUCCAGCAGAGAAGAUUUCUGGGUGUCUGAUCAUGAUCAUCAUCAAGAUCAAGAUCAUCGAGAUCAUGUGAUGAAGACUACUACUACUGCUACUCCUACUAGAAAUGCUACAAUCUUCGUGGGAAGCUCGAGAAAGAGGUAUGUGAUAAGCACCAAGUAUUUGAGCCAUCCUUUGUUAGCAGCUCUACUAGAAAAGUCCAAAGUUGCUGGUCGUAAGGGAAACGACGACGUUUUGGUGGUCAAGUGUGAAGUGGUUCUCUUUGAUCACCUUCUCUGGAUGUUGGAGAAUGCAGAUCCAGUUACUCUUGCCUCUGACUCCUUAGAGGAACUAGCGGCUCUCUAUGUCUUCUAAAACUACCCUAAAAUUAACUCUCUAUGCUAAGAAAAUCUUGUGUUAAUUUUAGAUAUAUAUAUAUAUAUAUGGAUCAUCGUAUUAUAUAUAUAUGUAAAAUUCUUCAUUCAUAUGUUGUUUGAUUCUCUUUUCUUGCUUCAUUUUUAUGGACUAAUAUAAGUUGACCAAGUUCGUAUA